AUGGCUGCUCUCGCGAACGCCGCUGUGCUCCCUUCCACCUUCGUCGGCCAGAGCGCUGAGCUCGCCGCCAAGGUGAACAAUGUGGACGCCCGCGUGACGAUGAGGAAGACCGCCAAGGCGGCUUCCAGCAGCGCCUUCUACGGCCCCGACCGCAACCUGUUUCUGGGCCCCUUCUCCUCCCCCCCGUCGUACCUCACCGGCGAGUACCCUGGCGACUACGGCUGGGACACGGCGGGUCUGUCCGCUGACCCUGAGACGUUCGCCAAGAACCGCGAGCUGGAGGUGAUUCUGAUGGGCGCCGUUGAGAGCUACCGCGUGGGUGGCCUUGAGGGCUUCCAAGAGGUGGAGGACCCCCUGUACCCCGGCGGUGCCUUCGACCCCCUGGGUCUGGCCGACGACCCCGACGCCCUCGCUGAGCUGAAGGUUAAGGAGCUGAAGAAUGGCCGUCUCGCUAUGGUGUCUAUGUUCGGCUUCUUCGUGCAGGCCAUCGUCACCGGCAAGGGUCCCCUGGAGAACCUCUCCGACCACCUGGCUGAUCCCACCGUGAACAACGCCUGGGCCUACGCCACCAACUUCACCCCCGGCGCUUAG